CAAAUAUAGCCAUGCGCACUCUAGCAUCUGCCGCCCUCUCGUCCAACUUUCCCGGCGGCGCUCUCAAAACAAUAUACACACGAUGUCGGUUUCCACCACUCUCUCCCCACCAAACCCUCUUGCGUUUCCUCACCUCAGCUCUCAUGCACGUCACCGCACCUCAUCCUUUCCCAUGGCCACCAUCAUCCGCCGCCAUCUAAACCCUAUCCGGCGUCGAUCCCUCGCUAUCGCCGCGGCAGUUCGUCAACAACAAGACACCACUCUCUGGACCCCCGCCUCUUUAGCCAACGUAAAGCCUGCUGCAGAAUCUCUCUUCCACAUAACCAUCGACGUUUCGGAAUCCCCGGAUCUGGCCUCGUCCUACACCCUUGCCGGACAAUACCUACAACUCCGCCUCCCUGAUGUCGAGAAGCCUUCUUUUUUAGCGAUUGCUUCGCCUCCGUCACUGGCUUCCACGACCGGUGUUUUUGAGUUUUUGGUUAAAAGUAUCGCUGGAUCCACGGCGGAGCUCUUGUGUGGUCUGGGAAAAGGCGAUGUUGUAGAGUUGAGCCCUGUUAUGGGGAAAGGAUUCAAUACAGAUCAGAUAUCUCCGCCUGAGGAUUACCAAUCUGUUCUAAUUUUUGCAACGGGAUCCGGAAUUAGCCCAAUUCGAUCUUUAAUCGAAUCAGGAUUUAGUGCAGACAAGAGAUCAGAUGUGAGGUUAUACUAUGGUGCAAGAAACCUUCAAAGAAUGGCUUAUCAGGAUAGAUUCAAAGCCUGGGAAUCUUCAGGAGUUACAAUCAUCCCAGUGUUGUCUCAGCCUGCUGAUAGUUGGGCUGGUGAAUCCGGCUAUGUACAAGCAGCUUUUGCAAGAGCUAAACAACUCUAUGCACCCGAGUCAACCGGGGCUGUGCUUUGUGGUCAAAAACAGAUGGCUGAGGAAGUUACUUCUAUUCUUGUUGACAAUGGUGUACCUAAUGAGAAGAUUUUGAAAAACUUUUGAGGUUCAAAAUCUAAAUUGGUGGAUUGUUGUAUACUUUUGUUAUAAUUUAUUCCAAGCAUCUCAGUUUGGAAUCAUGGAAUAACAUCAUUUUUUGAGAUGUAAAUGUACAAUUUUACCCUCAUAGAAGCUGCUCCACAUGUUGGAAACUAGGUGAUGCCAAAUGGCAAGAAGACUUUGUAAUUUAUAUCGAAAUUUAAUGGUCCAAAUUCUCAAGUGUAUGCAUUGUUUGACAACAUUAGAGAAUCGAAUUUUGUUCCUUUGAUCUUUGGUACC